AUGUUCAAUAAUGCUGGUAUUAUGCAUCCUCAAGAUGAUAAUGCUUUGAAUACUGAAGAAAAGAUCUGGAACUUGACUAUGGAUAUCAAUGUGAAAGGUGUUUGGUUUGGUUGUAAACAUGCCAUUCUUGCUAUGCGUAAAACUGGAGGUGGAUCUAUCAUUAAUACUGCUAGUUUUGUUGCCUUGAUGGGUGCUGCUACUCCUCAAUUGGCUUAUACUGCUUCAAAGGGUGCUGUUCUUGCUAUGACUCGUGAACUUGCUAUGGUACAUGCUCGUGAAAAUAUUCGAUUCAAUUCUUUAUGUCCCGGUCCUAUUCGCACACCUUUAUUGAUGGAUUUCUUGAAUACUGAAGAAAAGAAACAACGACGUUUGGUACAUGUUCCUCAAGGUCGAUUUGGUGAAGCGAUUGAACAAGCUAAUGGUGCACUUUUCCUUGCUUCUGAUGAAAGUUCUUUUGUCACUGGAACUGAUUUCCGUGUGGAUGGUGGUUUAAGUGCUGCUUAUGUAACUCCUGAAGUGACCUUCAAAUCAAAAAUAAUUCCUUUAUCAACUGAAUUCAUCGAUUAUCUUAAUGCCGAUGGUAUUUAUUUACCAACUGAUGGUCAACCUCAGGCAGCCGCCACCAUUGAAGAACUUGACAGCUCUGACGAAGACGAUGCUACCAAUGAUAUAACUCAAGAAAACAUUCCUCACUUUCCUCAAGUAGAACAAGCUAUUCGACAAGCGAUCGAUGAAUUCGGUGGUGCCGUAUUUCCAAAACUAAACUGGAGCUCUCCGAGGGAUGCUGCUUGGAUCACAGCAACACAAUCACUGAAAUGUACUUCACCCUUUGAUGUCUAUCUAUUACUGAAAUCAUCCGAUUUUAUCAAUCACGAUCUCAAUCAUGCAUUUGAUCAUUGCCAGCAACAAGAACCUACUAAUAUAUCGUAUAACUUGAUCCUUCGAAAAUGGCAUGAUUUACAACCUUCUCUGGAAUUUCGAUGUUUUGUUAAAAACAAGGAAUUGAUUGGUAUUUCUCAACGUGAUUUAACAUAUUAUGACUUUUUAUUGGACAUUCAACAAGAACUGGAAACCAAGAUAUAUGAGUUUUUCGAAGAUCAUAUUCGUGAUGGAUUCCCUGGUACAGAAUAUGUAUUUGAUGUUUAUGUUCAACAGGAUCGACAAAAAGUAUGGCUAGUUGAUUUCAAUCCUUUUGAUACAACAACGGAUGGUUUACUUUAUUCAUGGAAUGAAUUGUUAACAUUUGAUGUGAAUAAUCAAGAACCUGAAAUCAGGAUCAUUGCCUCCACUAUUGAAGCUUCAGAAAUCGCUUGCAACGCACCAAGAUUUGCCACUAAUAUGGUUCCGAAGGAUGUGAUUGAUCUAUCAGAUGGACGCUCUAUUGCCGAAUUUGCAGAAGAAUUCCAACGUGCUAUGGCAUUAUCAGCAACUCAUCUUGACGACACGGAUGAUUCGGAUUGA